GCCAAUCAGAACGCUCCAUCUGGAAGCAUGGCGGUGGACUUCAGGUUGAGGUGUUUUGCGCUUCUCCUCUGCACCGUUUUUGUCUUUGUUUGCGCGGCUGAAAAUCAAGACAAACCCAAGAAAAAGAAAGACAUUAGAGACUACAAUGACGCGGACAUGGCUCGGCUUUUGGAGCAGUGGGAGGAGGAUGACGACAUUGAGGACGGCGACCUGCCCGAGCACAAGCGCUCUCCUCCGCCCAUCGACUUCUCCAAAGUGGAUCCCUCUAAACCCGAGGAGCUGCUGAAGUUGUCCAAAAAGGGGCGCACUCUGAUGGUCUUCGCCACAGUGUCCGGAAACCCCACGGAGAAGGAGACCGAGGAGAUCACCGGGCUGUGGCAGGGCAGCCUCUUCAACGCCAACUACGAUAUACAGAGGUUUGUGGUGGGCUCCAAUCGCGUCAUCUUCAUGUUGCGUGACGGCAGCAUGGCCUGGGAGGUCAAGGACUUCCUGGUGUCUCAGGACAGAUGUGCGGAGGUCACCGUGGAGGGGCAGAUUUACCCCGGAAAAGCUGCCAAAAAAGACGAGUCAAAAACCAAACAGCAGAACGAAGUCAGUCCCAAAAAGAAAAACAAGAAGAAGAGCGAGAAGAAACCAGAUUUAAACGGGAACACAGCCAGUAAACAAAAAGUGGAGCUGUGAUGAGUUUGUAAUGGACAAGUUUACAGUGACAUUUAAAACACAGUAGGUUUCAUUUAUGUGAACUUAUAAUAUUCUGUGAGAUCAAAGGUCAAAUUUACCUUCAGGUUCAAACUGUUCAUGUUUGCCUUUUUUACCUACUGACAAAAAUGUCUCAGUAAAAUUAUGUCACUUUCUUCUUACGGGCAGCAUUGGGAAAAUGGAGCACUGAACUAGUUGCCUAAGUAUUAUAAUUACACACAAAUACUUAAUUUUGUUGAUUUGUUAUUAUCUAUUCCUGUGCCAGAUCAUUUUGUCUUAAGAUAUGAUAUACAUUAAACUUUAAUAUGGUUUCAAAUUACACUUUUUCUGAGCCCAAAAUUAGCACUGUAACCUUUUACCUUUAAAGAAUGGUACUAAAAUAUUUCACAUUUCAAUAGACUUGCUCAUUUCUCAGAGUCAAGCACACUUACAUGGGUCUGUCAUGUUUUGAAAAUAAACUUUUUAUAUAAUUUA